UACACCUGGUCUUAAGUAACCUUUUGUUAAUUGUUUUCCUGAAGGGACCGAAUAGCCGCGGUUUGAGGUCGGUGCAGAACAGCCUCCGGGGUCCUUCUGCCGUUUUCUGCAGCUUCCCAGCCCAGUGUGCCUGUACCGCAGAGAGGACUACACCUUUUCCAGGCUACUACAGGGCUCCCAUAACAAUUUGCAAACAGCAUCUUACUGAAUCCACUCUUGUACAGAGCUGCAGGACUUGGUUGCCUUGGAGGAUGUGGCUGUGGACUUUACACAGGAAGAGUGGAUUCUGCUGGACCCACCUCAGAGAUCUAUACAGAGAGGUGAUGCUGGAGACUUGUCAGCAACUGGAGGUCGGCUCUUCAAACCCAAGUUGAUAUCUUGGUUGUAAGAAGAAGUAAAGUUAACAAUAAUGGAGCAAGGUGUUCUUCAUGAAUGGGAAAUGCGCCUUAAAACCAAAGGUACAGCAGUUGAGCAGGAUAUUUUUUGGUCAGAUGCAUCAAACGGGAUCCAACUGGCAGAAAGCAACAAUGGAGAGGAACUCUAUGACUCCAAGGAAAUCACAAAAGUCUUUAUUGGACACUCAGAUCUGCAAACACACAUGAGUGCUCCAAAUAUAGAGAAUACUUCUGAGUGUAAUCAGUAUGGAAAAGACUUCCUUCCGCUGGUCCAGGAAAGCCCCAGUGAAGAGAAAUUUUCUCUGUUGAUUCAGCGGGAAGAAGCCUUCACCCUGGCUCCAAACCUUGAUUACCAGAAAACAUGCACAGGAGACAAAUCCUUUGAGUGCAGUGAUUGGGGAAAAGCCUUUGUUAAUCAACCACAUCUUCAGGCCCAGGACACAGCUCACAAUGGAGAAAAGUUCUAUGAAUGGGAGCAUAUGAGUGGGAAAACUUUUACUCAGUCCACUAGCUGUUCUGCCCUUGUUCAGUCACACACUGUAAAGGAGCCCUACGAAUGUGGAGAUUUCUUUACAUAUCCUUUGUACCUGAAUAAUCAUUUGGGAACUCACACUUGGCAGAAGCCCUAUGAAUGUAAGGAAUGUGGGAAAGCCUUCACUGUGCACUCUGCCCUUACUGCUCAUUUACGAAGUCAUAAUAGGAAGUCCUAUGACUGUAAGGAAUGUGGGAAAGUGUUCACUAAGUCCUCAGGCCUUAUUGAGCACAUGAGAAGUCACACAGGAGAGAAACCCUUCGAAUGUGACCAGUGUGGGAAGGCCUUUGCUUCCUCCUCCUACCUGAUUGCACAUUUGAGGACUCACACUGGAGAGAGGCCCUUUGAGUGCACCAUGUGUGAGAAAACGUUCACUCGCUCCUCGUACCUUCGCAUUCACAUGCGAACUCACACGGGAGAGAAACCCUAUCAGUGUAAAGAGUGUGGGAGAACCUUCGCUGUGCGCUCAUGCCUUAACAUACACUCCCGCACACAUACCGGGGAGAAGCCCUACAAAUGUAAGGAGUGUGGAAGAGCCUUCACUAGCUUUCGUCAACUCACUGAACACAUGAAAACUCACACUGGCGAGAAGCCCUUUGAAUGUCAUGUAUGUGCAAAAUGCUUUAGGAAUUCCUCAUGCCUUAAAAAGCACUUCCGAAUUCACACUGGAGUAAAACCCUAUAAAUGCAAUUACUGUGGCAAAGCCUUCUCUGGGCAUACAGGCUUUACUACGCAUAUACUGACUCACACUGGGGAGAAGCCAUAUCAGUGCAAAGAGUGUGGGAAGGCCUUCACCACGUCCUCACAUCUGAUUGGACAUCUGAGAAGUCACACAGGAGAGAAACCCUUUGACUGUCACCAGUGUGGUAAGGCCUUUGCCUCUUCCUCUUAUCUUACUGUGCACUUGAGGACUCACACUGGAGAGAAGCCCUUUGAGUGCACAGUCUGUGGGAAAGCAUUCUCACGUUCCUCCUAUGUCCGCAGGCACAUGAGAACUCACACUGGAGAGAAACCCUACGAGUGUAAGGACUGUGGGAAAGCCUUCAGUGAGCGCUCAGGCCUCACUAAACACUUGAGAACCCACACUGGGGAGAAGCCCUAUCAGUGUCAGCAGUGUGAGAAAGCGUUCAUUAGCUUUUCACAGCGCACUGAACACAUGAAAACUCAUACUGGCGAGAAGCCCUUUGAAUGUCAAGUAUGUGCAAAAUCCUUUAGGAAUUCCGCAUGCCUUAAGACUCACUUUCGAAUUCACACUGGAAUAAAACCAUAUAAGUGUAAGGACUGUGGCAAAUCCUUCACCGGGCGGACCAGCUUUACUACCCAUGCCCUGGCUCAUACGGGGAAGAAGCCAUAUGAUUGCAAGGAAUGCGGCAAAGCCUUCAGUACUUCCUCUUAUCUAAUCCAACAUCUCCGAAGCCACACAGGAGAGAAACCCUUUGAAUGUAAGCACUGUGGGAAGACAUUUGUCUCCUCUUCAUCUCUUCAUCUCCAUUUAAGGACUCACUCCGGAGAGAAGCCCUUUGAGUGUUCAGUGUGUGAGAAAGCGUUUACCUGUUCCUCCUACCUUCGCAGGCAUGUGCGAACACACACUGGAGAGAAACCAUAUAUGUGUAAGGAGUGUGGGAAAUCCUUUACUGAGUGUUCAGGCCUUUCCAAACAUGUAAGAACUCACACUGGGAGAAAACCCUACGAAUGUAAUGAAUGCGGAAAAGCCUUCACUGCUUCCACCCACUUAAAUACCCAUUUAAAAAUUCAUGCCAGACAUAAACUCUCUAAAUGGAAGGAAUGUGGGAAGGCCUUCACUAGCUCCUCUGAUCUUAAUGAACACAAGUCAUCCAUGAAAAAAAACACUUUGAAUGUAAGGAAUGAGGAAAAUCUGUAAAGUGCUCAGUAUGUAAUAAUCACAUUUGAAUACAGUCUUGAGAAACCUUAUCAAGGUAUAAAGCAUUCAGAUGUCUUUGUUCACUUUGAAGACAUGGGAGACCUGACUCUUGACUCUGCUCUAUGAAUAUAAUGAACAUAGGAGAGCUGUUGGAAUCUCCCCACAAUCCAACAUGGAUGGAAGAACUCAGCCCUGAGGCACUUACGGUAUAGAGAACUUGCUGGAGUGAAAUCCUAUUGAUGUAAGAUAAUAAUACAUGCAAAAGUUGUAGUUGUUUACUGGUUGAUCUCACAGUGACUUUAUGAAAGUUAGAAAGUUUCUUUUUUACAUAUUCCUCUUUUAGUAGAUGUGAUUCACACUGAAGAGACACUGCGUGAGUGGAAUAUGGGCAGUGCUUCCAUGUGUCCUGAAGUCUUAUGUGCUGACAGACUUGGAUUUCUAGAUGGUUCUAUAGAUAAAUUUUAAUGUUUUGGAUAUUUUAUAUAUUUCAUUAUGAGUAUGUGUUCUUAACUUUGGUUAUAUAAUUUCCACUACAGUUUUAAUUUCUGUUUUUAGCAUCUUUAUUGAUAAGUCAUUGUAUUAGGUGCACAAUCUGAUGUGUAUAUAUGUAAACGUUGUGAAAUUAUAAACCUACUCAAGCUAGUUAGCAACUCCAUCUUCUUACAUCCCUACCACCUUCUCUACCAGAUAGAUUUUUGAGUGUUGGGGGUGGGGUGGGUGUGGCUCCAGUCCAGGACCUUUGUUAGGCAUUCUGCCACAGAGCUAUUCCCCCAGUUCCUAUUCUUUUAAAUGUUAUGCCAGAAAAAUACUUUCUAUUGUCUAAAGUUCCAUAUUUAUAGCACAUUGUUACUAUUGAUAGCAUAAUGUCUAGUACUUAUGCAUCUUGUCAGUAAAAAUUUGUACCUUUGAUCUCCUCCUCCCCUGUUCACCCCCCAACUCCAGCUUGUAAUCAUUGUUCUAAUCUGUUUCUGUGAGUUUGACACUUUUAGGUGUGGUCUUAAGAGUUUUUGGUUUUGUUUUGUUUUGGGUUUUUGAAGUAGGUAUUGUUUUGUUUCCCAGACUGGCCUUGAAG